AUAUUCCAUUUAAAUGUUUUAUAUUCACUUUUGUUGCUCAUUUAGCAAAGAGCUCAGGACAGAACAGGUCUGUUAACAUGCACAGAAUAGCUUCAAUUAGACCAUGCCAAGCUGAAUUAUCAAUAUUUUUAGUCUCCAGUGAAGUUCAAAAUUAUGAAUCUGUAUUACAAUAUGUGUUUUACUAAUUUAUUUCAUAACUUAUUUACGUUCUGCAGCGUUCUUAUUUACAUGAAAGUCUCCUCUACGUGAAGUAAAUCCAGAAUAAUUUUCAUGCAUUAUUAAUAUGACCAUUUCUAAGCGUUUACCUGUUUAAGAAAUGGACCAACCAGGAAAACACAAUUAGACCUCUUUAUACCUCCCAUAUCAGCUUCACUCAUAAUAAUGGUUGUACAAGUUUUAACUUGCUUAGCGCUAUAACAUUAAUUCCGAAUACUUUCAGCCCCACUGUAGCAACUUCUCUGUAGACCUUUGUACAGUGGGAGGCAACCAGCAGAUUGUCCCUAUGGCAGAACGGCAAUACAGUCAAGCCCAACAGUGGAAUCCGUCAGCUGUGGAACGUCAUCCUCAAGGAAACAGUGACUUGGCUGGAGAGGAAUUCCUAAGAUGCCUUGCGGCUAACAAACCUCUACCGCACUAUCUUAAAGGAAAUAGGACAUACGAUCUUCUUGACGCGUUAAAGCCUGGUAAAGACCUGAGUGACGGAGCAAAAGUAGAUCAACAGUUUCAGAAGCAUUUUGCUAGGAAUAGGAGCCGCAGCCGAAGUAGUGACAGGAGUCGAGGCAGGUCUCGAGGCAGGUCUCGAGCCAAAAGCCGAGGAAGGAGCAAAAGCAGAGGAAGGAGCAAAAGUCGUGUCCGUGGGAAGAGUCAAGCUAGAAGCAGAAACCAGGCUUGCAGUCGAAGCAGAAGUCGAAGCAGAAGUCGAAGCAGAAGUCGGAGCAGGAGUAAGAAGGCCAGCAAACGAAGUAAGAGCAAAGUCAGAAAGUCAAGGUCUCUUAGUGCUAGUAGCGAAAAGAGCCAUGGAGUUGAAAAGAAGAGAAAGAACGGCCCUGUCCAAAGUAGCGGCAGCAACAUUGGCGGCAGCCGCAACAAUCUGACCGGGAACAGUUUGUUGGAAGGACUGAAGAUGGUUAUAAAAAGCAAAGAUUUGGAAGAACGGUUACCAGCGCUAAAAGAUGCCCUCCUUGGUAUCAAGGCAUCUGAUGAAACCAAAAAGGUUGGGAAUAUCACUGCUGAGUUCAAGGUUCAAGAGCAGAAAAGUCAGGAAGUUUUGCCAUUGUUGGAAAGCGACAGCAUGUUGCUUCCUCAUGAGAGAGUUGGAAGCGACUUUUCUUGGCUCAACGACAAAAGUGAGGAGGACCUCUCUGCUCUGAAAGCCAAUGAGUUGGAGGAUGAAGAAUCGUUCCUGUAUGGGACUGAAGCCUCUUCUCAGAACACUGGCCAUGACACGGGGGAAAAGAUCAGUAGUUCUAGUAUGGGCGCUCACCAGAGCAAGUCUCUGUUCAGUAACCUGGUCGAUCCUAAAACCCCCCAACAGAUGGCGCUGUCUGCCAUCUCCUCUGUCAGUCUGAACAGCACUGAAUGUGAGAAAAUCAAGAGUAUCUUAAACAACAUGGGUGGAACUUCAGAUACCGGCAGGCUGUUGAAGACUCCAGGCCAGAAGGAGGAAAAUUAUGCAACAGCCGAACUCUUCAAUUCAGACGCCGCCGCGGCAACACUGAGUGACCCAAGUGUACGGAAAGCUCUGGAGUCUCUGCAGACUUUGAUUAAAGCCAAAAAGGACAAACGGACCAGAAGUACCGAUCAGCCACAGACGACAUCUGCUAAACAGAAGGCAGGUGACCAUAAAGAGGAGAAAAAGGCCAAAAUGAGACAAAUAGAAUCGUUAGUGAAAGAACUGGAGGAACUGCUUCUGCAGGAAGGACUGAGUUUUAUUUCUCCAGUUGUUGGGUUUUACUGCCAGAAAUGUGAGGAGUUUAUUGGUGAUUUGAGUUCUGCUGAGAGCCACACCACCAUCCAUCUAAGUAAGAUGGACAAGCACGGUAAAGACAGCAAAGACUACUCUCAGGGCCACAGCAGCAGCAGCAGCCAGCGCUCCUGUUCAGCUCCCGGUAGUGAGAGAAAGCUGCCAUGGAGCUGGAGGAAAGAGAAGGAUCACAGGAGCUCGCACCAUGGCGGCCUCUCUGAGCAGGGAGGGAUCUGCUUAAAAGAAGAGAUGAAGAAGGAGAGGAUGCUCAUAACGGUCAGCCAAGGACAAACUCCUCCAAGCCUCAAAGUGAAACAGGAGAGCAAGGAGCAGGGGAGAGGCAAAGACAAAACGGACAGUGGUGACAAGGCACCCAGAAACAGCAGAGAGAAAUGCGAGAAGGAAAAGGCUGAGAGCAGCGACAACAGCGAGGACGACAAAUCGCCCAAAGCAAAAACUUUGAAAAAGAAGAAGAAGAAGAAGGAUAAAAAGAAGAAGAAGAAGGAUUAAGGUUUGUAGAUUAGAUGACGUAUUUAGGUGUUAGAUCUGAUCCAAAAAAAAAAAAAAAAGUUUUGGUAUUUAGGUUUUUGUUACUUUGACCCAAAGAGCAGAUUCACCUUCAAACGGUCUUUAACGACUCCGUCUGAUGUGUUCCAUAUCUCUACGAAACGACCAAGAUGGAUGGGAUGUUGAUCAGAGUCCAAGCCUCGGCUGUAUGGUUUCCUCCUUCAGUCUUUUUAUCUUUAUCUCUCAGACUGUAGUUUUAUCCUGAAACUUAGUAACGCGUGACUGUAAAUAGGACUCCCAACAUGUCCUUACUUUCUGGUUCCCUCCUUUAAACAAGUUCCACCCCCACUUUUUCUGUUUUUGCAUCAGAACUAGGAAACUGUCCUCAGAGUUCAGUAUUUUCUAAAUAAUCUUAAUGCUCCUUUUUUCCAUUAAAUUUUAAUGGGAUUCAUGUUGUCAUGCGUUUUAUUUUAAUUAAAGUAAACAGAAAUGUUCAGAUUUGAAUAAAAAUUUGUGAAAAAGCU